AUGUCGUCGACAAGUCAUGCUGAAACUGGCAAUCGCUCAGCCAUAGGGCCAUCCCUCCACAAGGCCACCCAGAAGGCCGUCCCUCCCUCUCGGAAGCAAGAGAAGCUGCCCCCGAUUGUCGGGCAAGGGCAGGCCAGGGCCCCAUGUGCCGCAGCACGGACUGGAAAGGUUAGGUUUUCGGAUGGUUCCAGGGCACUAACCACCACGGCCCGGAUUGACAUCACCAUGAUCGCACAGGCCGUUGCAGGUGGUGGUGAUGGUGGCAUGGGCAGCCGCAACGGCCCAGGAGGCACAGGCUUGUUAACGACACUCGGCACCUGUCUCUGGAGGCCUUUGUGCAUCACGCCCCUCCGUCAUUACUACGGGACUUGCGCCCAAGUCCCUACAAGCCACAUCAAGACAGCCCUAGACUCCUUGCAGGAGGAAGAGGAGAGCAGCCUUAGCGCCUAG